AUGUUGGAUAUAAAAGAAGGAAACCAAACAGUCAUCACGGAAUUCAUCCUCUUGGGAUUUGGGAAUCUCCCUGAGCUGCAGCCUUUUCUUUUCUUGCUCUUCCUGAUGGUUUAUAUUGCGACAACAGCUGGGAACUUGCUGAUCUUUUUCCUGGUUUGGGCAGAUCAGCACCUGCACACCCCCAUGUACUUCUUCCUGGGGAAUUUGUCCUGCCUGGAGACUUGCUAUAGCUCAAUCAUCGUGCCCAAAAUGUUGGCCGAUUUACUAACUGGUGUCGGUUCUAUUUCUGUUAGUGGAUGCAUAGCCCAGUUUUAUUUCUUUGGCUGCUGUGUAGCGAUAGAAACUUUUCUCUUGGCAGUAAUGUCCUAUGACCGCUACCUGGCAAUAUGCAGUCCUUUGCUCUAUGCCACUAUUAUGCAUAGAAAACUAUGUUUUCAGCUCAUGGCAGGAGCAUGGGUAAAUGGUUUGAUGGCUAAUAGCAUUGUGCUGAUUUUCAUGGUUCAACUAUCCUUCUGCGAACCCCGUGUCAUAGAUCAUUACCUAUGUGAUUAUUUCCCAUUGGAAAAAAAGUCAUGCAGUGACACAAGCAUGAUUGAAUUCCUCGUCCUUUUCUUUAAUUUCAUUUUUGUCGUCAUCCCGUUUCUAUUGACUCUCACGUCUUACGCUUGCAUCAUCACCACCAUCUUAAAGAUCCCAUCCACCACUGGAAGGAAAAAGGCCUUUUCAACCUGCUCCUCUCAUUUAAUUGUUGUCUGCCUAUUUUAUAGUGAUUUAAUCAUUGUCUACAUGCUGCCGGACACCCCGACCCUGAGAGACCUCAAUAAAGUCUUCUCCAUUUUCUAUACAGUCUUGACUCCUUUGCUCAACCCUCUCAUCUACAGCUUGAGAAACCAAGAAGUUCACAGAGCCCUAAGACGAGUUUGGAAGAAACUGACAAUUUCUUUUUCCAAUGAGUGA